AUGUCGGCCACCAGCCCGCAGUACAGGAGUGCCGCCCAAACCCCCUCGCACUUCCACGACUAUCCCGGCGCCGCCCACGAUGCCCUGGGCGGACUGGCAACCUGGCAACACGACGCCGCCGCGACUGCUGCUGCUGCUGCCCACGACUCGUACCCAGUCGGCCCAUCACCGGCAUUUCUCCACUACCCACAGCCCGGAGUCGACUCCGCUAGUCUACAGGCCCCGUCAGCGUGGGCGACUGGCUAUGUCAGACCACAGCCGGCCCAUGAGUGGCAGCAACACCAGCACCAGCAUCAGCCCGACGAGUCGUAUGCGGACCGCCCUUCCGUCUCGUACUGCCAUGGCGAUGGGAGCGCGCCGCUCCCGCACCACCAGCUGCCUGCCGUGUCCCGCCACUACCAGCACCACCAGCACCACCAGCACCACCAUCACCAGCACCAACACCAGCCUGCCCUAACCCCGGCUCCUCCCCUGCCACUGGCUGCCCACGACCAUUUCCAUCCGUUGCGCAUCUCACCAGAAUGGCCUGUCGCAGAAGCGCCCGCGGACCAUCAACUCUACGCCCAACACCAUGCCCCUGUAGAGCACAUUGACCGGACCGCCACGCAGAUACUGGCGCGCCAUAGACCAACACCCAAGAAGAAGGCUGCCAAGGUGCCUUCGUCCUUUGUCGAGCGGCAGGAGAAGCUCAAGGUGUCGAAGCGAAAAGGCCCACUUCAAGAGAGACAGAGGGAGAAGACGCACACCAUGCGCAAGACCAAGCGCAUUUGCGUUCGUUGCAGGUUCUACAAGUCUGGUUGUGACGAGGGCGAUCCGUGUGAAAAGUGCGAAAAAAUCACCGGUCACGCCAGGUCCUUUCGUGAGCCGUGCUACCGAGAACACCUCGAAGACACGAGCCUCAUCCGUCGCUGCAAUGGCCGUGAGCACCAGGAAGAGGCCGAAUUCCUUGGCUACGACUGGAUAUACAACAGUCAACUGUACGAGAUGGAAAUUAUCUGGAACCUUCCUGGCUACGGUCCCAUACCCAACGCGCAGCCGUUGCGCAUCGCCUUUCGCCCUUAUAGCCCGAAGCGUGGUCCACUCGACGUUGCCACGUCUGUUUGGUCCAACAGAGAGGGACAGGUGCCUACUGUCGAACAGCCAGCGUACGCCGUGUACGAUACGGCGAACCUUGUCGUGGCUGUGGAACGAUACUUUUCCAGCCUUCAGCCUGCUAUUGAAGAGUGGAUCUUUGCUCGCAUCAGUCGCGACGAAAUUGCCUACAGUACCUAUCAAGAAGUAAUACGCAUGCGCCAAGUUACCGGGAGCAAGGCUCUCGACCUAGCCAUGCGCCUCCAGUGUCUCUCCGUGGUUUCUCAGGGCUAUGGCUCCGUCUUCUCCCCCAACAUCCCUGGGAUACGUGAAUAUGACUACUCAAGGCUCGGCCAUAGCGACUAUGAAGCAUACGAUCGAGGGUCAUGCGAUCGUCCACUCCCUGGUGCAAUCACUCACCAGAUGGAUGUUGCUGCCGUCAAAUACCUCCGAAAGCUGGAGAAGCUCUUUGUCAAGGAACUGGCUGCACUAAUCUUCAAGCCCAAGAUCAAGCCCUGGUACGAACUAUUCUUGACGUUUUAUGUCAUCUUCUGGAAUCUCGAAUACAUUCACCACGGAGCUCAAGACUAUAUCAAGUCGAAAAACGGUACUUUGCUUGAGAACCAAGUCAGCAACGUCGUCACAACGCAAAUCAAAAAGUGGGAAUUCGCCUUUCCUGUGCUUCUAUACCAUUGGCGUUGCAUUCUUCGGGGGUAUUCGCCGUUCAAAUUAGCGCGUGAUAACCCAGACGAACUGCGUGAACGUGGUCACAUUGACGCAGAAGGGUUCCAAUAUGUCACGUCGAUUGCCAACGUAUUCGAUCGAAGCAAUCCUGACCGCUUCCAGCCUCCACUUACAGGCUUUGCAACGGCUCAUUGGUCGACUUCGAGUGAAUGGAUUGUUAAGCUCUUCAAGGAGGCCGGAGCUUGA